GGCCGCCCUCGACAAGAUGGCGGGCUUGGAGAGUAAGGCGCCGCUACGGCCAGUCAGGAGAGUCCAGUUUGGUAUUCUUAGUCCGGACGAAAUCCGUCGCAUGUCAGUCACCGAGGGCGGCAUCAUGUUCUCCGAGGUGUACGAGAACGGGCGGCCGAAACUGGGCGGCCUCAUGGACCCCCGACAGGGCUGCUUGGACAGGAACACCCGCUGCACCACAUGCGCUGGCAACAUGGCCGACUGCCCGGGUCAUUUCGGCCACAUGGAUCUGGCCAAACCCGUCUACCACGUCGGGUUCCUCACCAAGACCAUGAAGAUUCUGCGCUGCGUGUGUUUCUAUUGUAGCAAGUUGCUUUAUAAUACGCAACACCCGAAAGUCCGCGAGAUCGUGACCAAGUCCAAGGGCCAGCCCCGGAAGCGCCUCCUGCACGUCUACAACCUGUGCAAGGGCAAGAUGAUCUGCGAGGGAGGCGACGAGGUGGACAUCGCCAAGGAGCCCGAGGACGCCGGCCAGCACCCCGCCCACAACCCCGCCCAGCACACCGCCCAGCUCCGGAAGGCCAACACGGGCGGCCACGGGGGCUGCGGGCGGUACCAGCCCAACGUGAAGAGGGUGGGACUCGACCUGAUCGCCGAGUGGAAGCACGUCAACGAGGACACGCAGGAGAAGAAGCAGGUCCUGUCGGCCGAGAGGGUCUACGAGAUCUUCAAGCACAUCUCAGACGAGGACUGCUACCUGCUGGGCAUGGACCCCCGCUACGCGCGCCCCGACUGGAUGAUCCUGACGGUGCUGCCCGUGCCCCCGCUGCCCGUGCGCCCCGCCGUCGUGAUGUACGGCUCGGCGCGCAACCAGGACGACCUCACGCACAAGCUCUCCGACAUCAUCAAGGCCAACAACGAGCUCCUGCGCAACGAGCAGAGCGGGGCGGCCGCGCACGUCAUCGUCGAGAACCUCAAGAUGCUGCAGUUCCACGUGGCCACCAUGACGGACAACGACAUGCCCGGCAUGCCCAGGGCGCUGCAGAAGUCCGGGCGGCCGCUCAAGGCCCUCAAGUCGCGCCUCAAGGGCAAGGAGGGCAGGAUCCGCGGCAACCUGAUGGGCAAGAGGGUCGACUUCUCCGCCCGGACCGUCAUCACCGCCGACCCCAACCUCAGGAUCGACCAGGUGGGCGUGCCGAGGUCCAUCGCGCAGAACCUCACGUACCCGGAGAUCGUCACGCCCUUCAACAUGACCAAGAUGAUGGAGCUCGUCAAACGCGGCAACAACCAGUACCCCGGCGCCAAGUACAUCGUGAGGGACAACGGCGCUCGGAUUGACCUCCGCUACCACCCGAAGCCCUCUGACCUCCAUCUGCAGUGCGGGUACCGGGUCGAGCGCCACAUCACGGACGGGGACCUGAUCAUCUUCAAUCGCCAGCCGACGCUGCAUAAGAUGUCCAUGAUGGGGCAUAGGGUGAAGGUCCUCCCUUGGUCGACCUUCCGCAUGAACCUCUCGGUGACGUCCCCUUACAACGCCGAUUUCGACGGCGACGAGAUGAACCUCCACGUCCCCCAGAGCAUGGAAACGCGAGCCGAGAUCGAGAACCUGCAUCUGACGCCUCGGAUGGUCGUCACGCCGCAGUCGAACCGCCCGGUGAUGGGGAUCGUGCAGGACACCCUCACGGCCGUGCGGAAGAUGACCAAGAGGGACGUCUUCUUGGAGAAGUCGGAGAUGAUGGACUUGCUCAUGUUCCUUCCAAUCUGGGACGGAAGGAUGCCCCACCCGGCCAUCCUCAAGCCCAAACCCCUCUGGACCGGGAAGCAGCUCUUCUCCCUCAUCAUUCCCGGUAAUAUUAAUGUAGUCAAGACCCACGCCACGCAUCCGGACGACGAGGAUGACGGGCCGUAUAAGUGGAUUUCACCGGGGGACACUAAGGUCCUGGGGAGCACGCGCGAGCUGAUCAUGGGCAUCCUGUGCAAGAAGACCCUGGGCGCGUCGUCGGGGUCCAUGAUGCACCUGGCGUGGAUGGAGCUGGGCCACGAGAUCGCCGGCCGCUUCUACGGCAACAUCCAGACGGUGGUGAACAACUGGCUGCUGCUGGAGGGCCACAGCAUCGGCAUCGGCGACACCAUCUCGGACCCGAACACGUACCGCGUGAUCCAGAACACCAUCAAGAAGGCCAAGGAGGACGUGAUCGAGGUGAUCCACAAGGCGCACAACGACGAGCUCGAGCCCACGCCCGGCAACACGCUCCGCCAGACGUUCGAGAACCAGGUGAACCGCAUCCUCAACGACGCCCGAGACAAGACGGGCGGCUCGGCCAAGAAGUCCCUCACGGAGUACAACAACCUGAAGGCCAUGGUGGUGGCGGGCUCCAAGGGCUCCAACAUCAACAUCUCGCAGGUGAUCGCGUGCGUGGGCCAGCAGAACGUCGAGGGCAAGCGCAUCCCCUUCGGCUUCCGCAAGCGGACGCUGCCGCACUUCAUCAAGGACGACUACGGGCCCGAGUCCAGGGGCUUCGUCGAGAACUCGUACCUGGCCGGCCUCACGCCCUCCGAGUUCUACUUCCACGCCAUGGGCGGCCGCGAGGGCCUCAUCGACACGGCCGUCAAGACCGCCGAGACGGGCUACAUCCAGCGGCGCCUGAUCAAGGCCAUGGAGAGCGUGAUGGUCAACUACGACGGCACCGUCAGGAACAGCGUCAGCCAGGUCAUCCAGCUCCGCUACGGCGAGGACGGCCUCGCCGGCGAGUUCGUCGAGUUCCAGAACCUGCCCACCAUCAAGCUGUCGACGCGGCGCUUCGAGGACCGCUACCGCUUCGACAUCUCCAACGAGAGGUACCUCCGGAAGCUGUUCACGGAGGAGGUGGUCAGGGACGUCCUCGGCGCGCCCGACGCCAUCACCAGCCUCGAGACCGAGUGGCAGAGGCUGCAGGAGGACCGCCAGAUCCUUCGGCAGGUGUUCCCGAAGGGCGACUCCAAGGUGGUCCUCCCGUGCAACCUGGACCGCAUGAUCUGGAACGUGCAGAAGAUCUUCCACAUCAACAAGCGCACUCAGACGGACCUCUCGCCGGUGCGGGUCGUCGACGGCGUCAGGAGGAUGCUCGACAGGUGCAUCGUCGUCAGCGGGAACGACCGCAUCAGUCGACAGGCGAACGAGAACGCCACGCUGCUGUUCCAGUGUCUCGUGAGGUCGACCUUGUGCACGAAGAAGGUGGCGGAGGAGUACAGGCUGACGGUCGAGGCGUUUAACUGGCUCGUCGGCGAGAUUCGACGGUUCAACCAGGCGCUCGCUUCCCCGGGCGAGAUGGUGGGCGCCCUCGCAGCCCAAUCCCUGGGCGAGCCGGCCACCCAGAUGACCCUCAACACCUUCCACUUCGCCGGCGUCUCCUCCAAGAACGUGACCCUGGGCGUGCCGCGUCUCAAGGAGAUCAUCAACAUCAGCAAGAAGCCCAAGGCGCCCUCGCUCACCGUGUUCCUCUUGGGCGCCGCCGCCAGGGACGCCGAGAAGGCCAAGAACGUGCUGUGUCGGAUGGAGCACAC